UCACUCCCGCGCCUUCACAGGUUGCUUUUAAGCGACUUGGUCGGUACACCUGUGAUUCGGUUGUCUGGAGAGCAGCGGCUGAGGCCGCCCACGGAUUCCCUUCCCGGCCACUUGAUCGCAGCAGCUACCGCAACGUGCAGCCGAUGUGAGGAAAAGCGAGCAGGCGGCGGCGCCAGUAUCAGCGAAUUAUGGAUUAUUGAGAAGUGGGGGCCGAAACGCGGAUCAAAUAUUCAUGAGGACUUUUGCGGGGGGGAUGGAGCGCAGAGUGGGACAGUGCAGAGAUUCCCUGCAGUGAUUGCUCUCAGUGAGCAGAGGAGGAUGACCAGCGCGGCCGCAGCUGCUGCCGCUGCCGUUGGUGGAUUCUGCUUCUAGCGUGCGUGGGUGCGCGUGUGCGUGCCUUUGGAAAGCAGCCUCCCGCUGCAGUUGUUGCCCGUUCAACUGGUACAAAGAUGCCAACGACUUGCUGACGGACACCGGGGAUCUGCAUCCCGCCCACCUGCCCUUCCUCUCCGCACCCCCCACCCCCCGGACGCAGCGAGCCCUGCCAUCCCUCCGUCACUAAUAUGCAAUGUUUUUUUGUGCAGAAGCCGACAGCUGCCGCGUACCGCCGACUUCCCACUAGCGCCGCCGCAUGCCUGUCCGCCGCUGCCGCUCCUCUCCCCGCGCCGCGCGGCACACGACGACGCCAUUUGAAGAGGAGCGCUCGGGGGCUCUUUACGCCGCGUCGGGAGCGCGGCAGCAGCAGCAGCAGCAGCAGCAGCGACCGCUCCUCCUCACUGCCCGCCACCUCCUCUAGCUCCACUGCUGAGCACCACCGGCCUCUCCAACAGCCCAAGGCGGAGCUCGUUCUUUUCCAGCCGCACAGGGACGACGACAAGGAGAAAUACGUCGAGGCGGGCGAGACGCCGGGUGACGGCACGGCUUUGCUUCUUCUAUUACUUUCUAUGGUGCAAAUUGGCGGAGCCAAGCACAGUCGAACUGAGCCCGACAGCUGGCCGUUCCCGCUGGGAUGCAAGCAGGGGGGCGGGCCGGGCCCCAUGCGGUGGCAGAAAUUUAGGCUGCCGCAUCCGGUGCGCCUCUCGUCUCCCACCUCCUGCUCUCCUUCCUACUCCUACUCCUCCCCUUUCUCGGCUAAAUCCAUGCGGUUUACUUGGAGCAACAUUUUCAGCAAAGGAUCGCAUAUGCUGCAGUGUCUUUGUGGCAGGAGCCUCAAGAAAACCAAGAACCCAACUGAACCGCAGCUGAAGGGCAUAGUGACCAGGUUGUUCUGCAGGCAAGGCUUCUAUCUCCAGAUGGGCCAGGAUGGAAGUCUGGAUGGGACCAAAGAUGACAGCACCAACUCUUCUCUGUUCAACUUAAUUCCAGUGGGACUUCGAGUUGUGGCCAUCCAAUCAGUAAAGUCCGGUCUGUACAUCGCCAUGAACGGAGAGGGUCACCUCUACUCCUCGGAAAUGUUCACCCCGGAGUGCAAAUUUAAGGAGUCUGUGUUCGAGAACUACUAUGUGAUCUACAGCUCCAUGCUGUACAGGCAAAAGGAGUCUGGCCGGGCCUGGUUCCUUGGCCUCAACAAGGAAGGGCAGGCCAUGAAGGGCAACAGAGUCAAGAAGACCAAACCAGCUGCACAUUUCUUGCCUAAACCUAUAGAAGUUGCAAUGUACCGAGAGCCUUCACUGCAUGACGUAGGGGAGGCGGCGCCUAAGAUCGCCGGGGGCCCGCCUUCCAAAAGCACAACCAGCGAGCCAGUGGUCAUGAACGGCGGUAAGCCCGUCAGCAAACCUGACAAGGAGGAGACAUAGCCCACCGUCCCCACCCCCGCUUCCCCUUUUCCAUCCGCAAGCAACCAGAGGCCAGGAAAAGUCCAGCCAUUCUGCAACCAAGGUGACAAAAGAGACUCAAAGUCAAGCUGAGACUGGUCGGCAGUGAGGGAGCACGCGCCACCCCGCUGAUCACAAUAAGAUAGAUCAGGUCUUGUCGGCGGCCGAGGGCCAAACACAAAGAAAAUGAAGUGGCAGGAGUGUGAGCUCCCCUUGGCAGAAAGGAUGUUCUGAAAAUGAAACAAACACACCAUGAUACAAAUGUGCCAUCUCCGCUGGUGUUUUCCUGUAAGAGGCCUGCUUGUCCUUCUCCGAUCUUGCUCGGUUUGCAGGUACGCUUGUUUAAAACACACACACACACACACACAAGCUCCACGCCGUGGAUUUGAAGCCACCCUGACAAAAAAUAUGAUGGAGUGUUGAAGCUGCAUCCAAUUGGACACGCAACGCUCUGUAUGUCACCACCAGUUCAGUUCUUAUUUGACAGUCAGGCAUGUUUCUUUAUUUCUUUGUUGCCAGUUGGUUUUAAGGACACAAAAACCCCGCUGGUUGCGCAGAGACAGAUGCGAUUUCACUCGCUACCUCCCUGCCAAGCACCUAAUGAAUGCUACCCACCUCUUCCCUGUGUAGCCAUUCAAGAAUUCUAGCCUGGCCUUGCUCGCAUCGGCACGUAGCAAGAACUGAAGAGGUUUCACAUGUUUGGAGCCCAAAACAAAUGAAGCCCAGUUAUUAUUUAUGUGGAAUAGCAAAGGACAUGUAAAGUGUAGCUGAAGUUCUACGCGCAAAGCUCCACACAGAGAUCGGGAAAUAGUUAUCCUGGAAAAAAAAAAACAGUUCUUGAUUUUUGGUUGCACUUGAUGAAAAUGGGCUCAACUGCGGUAAUACAUUUGUUGGGAACUUGACAUAAUUUGACCACAUUUUCAUCAUGUGCUCCACGUUUGAAUGAAGUAAAUCCAAAGGAUUUUCUUUUUUUCAGCGCACACAGAAGGCUUUGUACCCUCGAUGCUUGGACCCCAAACAGGAUAACACAUCCCAAAAAGUCUUGUGCACCACGCGUAGCGAUUGUACCUCGAGGAACAGAAAUGACUUCCAUUUCUGACGGUGUAUUACAUUCUGCUCCUUUUCCAUUAACUUGAAUUUCAAGGCAGAAGGGUGGAAGUGAACAGGGUAAAUCACGUCAAAGCCACACUUUGUCACUGAGGUGAAGCGGAUGUGUGACAUGCCGGUCGAUUGAUGCGAUCAUGCUUUUGAACACGGUGGCUUGAAAUAGUCUACGAGGGUUUGACCGCAAAUAUAGCCUCAAUCAGAAUAUCGCAUAACCAGCUCGUGCGGGUAACCGUCCGCUCAAUGACAGCAAACCAAAUAGAUUCCUCACUGUGACCAUCAACAUGACUCCAAUCUGUUCAGGACUUGAAGCCUUGCUCAAGAACCGGGCCUUUUGUUCAGACGCCAGUGAACUAAACUGGUAGUUGCUUCUAAACGAUCCCUUUUAGAAGGUAAAAAUACUGUGAUACUCCUUGUCGUGUUUGUGCCAGUGUAAAAGAUGUGCGGUAGAGCAUUAGAGCAGGGGUGGGCACACCAGUUCUCACAGAUCAGCAUGAUCAAUUCAUAUGAGCACGUCUAUCAGAAGGGGAUCCAAAAAAAUGUCUCAGGGUCAGACAUUGUGGCUCAAAGCAGCCAUAUAUGGCGGAUUCCAGGACUCCAGGGGCGCUGUGGAGUUCUAUGAUGAAAUGGAGAAGGGGGAAAUAAUAUAGAGGUAUGUUAGACAAAUCCAGGGAGCAGGCGUAAAACAACCUAGAGAGUUGGAUGUAAGCAGUGGAGAGAAGAGGAAGGAGGAUCAGUCACAGCAAGAGCGCGGCGCAUGUGUGAAUAAAAGGGGUGGUCGUUUUUUUUUUAUAGCUCAUCCGCAACGGUCUUAGCCAUUAAAAAUCAAAAUGUGACCCUUGAGCACCAAAGUUUGCCCACCCCCCGGCCUUGGUGGCACACAUUCCAGGAUUGGUUCUUCCCUCCAGACUGGAACAGGCACUCUGUGAAGAUAGCCACAAAGACAGAAACAAGAGCUGUAUAACGAGUUACAUGGCCUCGGCAAAAGGUCGUCAGUACCACGGGCCAAAGUCGCGACACCCAAGGCAGAAAUACCUGAGCGGAUAAUGCGGUGUGCCGUUCCCUCAUUUUUCGUACUGCGAUAUUUUGUUCAAUUGUUUGUGCGCCAAUGGCUCAUCUGCUCGCCACCUCAAAAGUGUCAUCUUGCACUGUGUCAAGUGUAUUUCUGCUGUCGUCCCAAUGAGAAGUUGUUGUAAAUUUUCUGAUUUGUACAGUUGAGCCUCUAAAGUGAAACACCCUCUGGCCGCGGUUGUACUAUUUGCGUUUGCACACCAUGUUUUAAAGAAGAAAAAAAGGUAACUAUGUCUGUAGUUGCUCAACACAAGAUCGCAAUUAAGAGAGCGUCAAGGGAAUAACUGUGCCUUCAUUACACAAACACUCAUUACAAAAGCAGCAAUGGCCUCAAUAUGAGUUUUUAGAAGAAAUAGACCACGAAAAGUGUAAAUAGUGUCCACCCAAAAUCAUGGACUCAAUAGCGAUAUUCGGGCUGAUUUAGAUCCCGCUAUCCCUGAUUAUCGGACGCCUAUAAAAGAUUAUCCAAGGUGGUUAUCCCGUGUUGUGGGGUGUGUUCAGUGUUUUUCCUCCGCCAUUUUGCUUGGAAUGCCACCAAUUAGAGAGGUUCAAUAUUUACAAUCGCACGAAAGCACAGAGUUC